UUCGAAAGCUUGGCCGCUCCUUAACCACACACACCACACCUCUUCUCCACAAUCUUUCCCUUCCAUUUCAGGAAAUCAAAAACACUAAAAGCAACAAAACGGAAGCAAAAGCAUGAACACAACUUACAGAUAAAGCUAAAAAACAAAAAAUGUCAGUAGCUUCUUCAAUCCCAUGUUUCAAAAUCCAAACUCCAUCAACUUGUUCCUCUUCUUUUCUUUCUUCUUCAUCUUCAAGCUCAUCACUUUCACUAUCAAGUUCCUCUUUUUAUAGAUUUUCAAGAACAAAACAGCAGCUUGGUGGUGUGGCAUAUUCUGUCACCUGUUCUCAGGCUGAAGGGCCAAUAAGGAGACCUGUGGCGCCUCCUAUGAGAGAGCCUUCACCGCCCUCUACACUCAAACAGCCUGUUCCUCCAACCCCGCCGCCGCCUACUCCACCUCCGUCGUCGUCUUCCCCGGUGGUUCAGCCGACAAAGCAGGCUGCGGUGGCAAUUGGGGAGGAUAAGACUGUGAUUACCUUGGAGUUUCAGAGGCAGAAAGCUAAGGAGCUUCAGGAGUAUUUUAAGCAGAAGAAGCUUGAGGAAGCUAAUGUAGGACCAUUCUUUGGGUUCUUGGGAAAGAAUGAGAUCGCCAAUGGCAGAUUGCUAUCGAUCUAACCUGAAUAAACGGUAUCAACAUCCUUUUGUAAGGGGUGUAGAAUGUCUGGAAUUCUGUUUGCCUUAAGUAGAAUCUCUUUUUUCUUAUUUUAAACAAUCAAUUCAAAGCAAAAUAAAACAUCAAAUUAUUGAGGACUGUGGAGUUUCCAAACUCAGGACCUGCCUCUACCCAUGCAUCGAUAUAACUUGGAAGUCCAAACAUUUACAUAUUACUUGACAAAUGUUCGAUCAUGUUGGUUUGCCUUUAGAUUUAUGUGAAAGAAUUGUAAUUUUAGUAACAUUCUGUUGUUUGGAACUCAAAAAUUUGGGUUCUUAUUUAG